CCUUCUAAAGAGAAGAAGCAGAAGAAGAACUCCCGGAAGCACAUGGUGGAGAUGUGUCGCUUCAACUCUACUCUGCUGCAUGUUUACACUUUUCUUUUGUGUUAAAUCGCCAGAUAUCAGCACUGGCCUUUAAACGUGUUGUUUAGUUUAGUUUUCUGUUUUGUUUGCUAACGUGUAGCAAACACGUUUAAUUCAUUUCAUCAUGGUUCGAGAGAAAAGGAAGAUCAAGAUACCAAGGCUAAAGAAGACUGAGCGAUAUGAUGAGAAUGACCCUGAAGCCUACAAGAACAUGCCUGUCCCUGAUAAGAAAUCAUCACUGUACACAAAGGACAAAAUCGAUGAGUUUCACGAUCAGAAGAUUGCAAAACUUCUCGCCAGCGGUGUCCAAAUGGAGAGCGACGAGGAGGAACUGGAUGAUGAGGAGGAAGUGAUGGCCCUGGACGACUCUGAGUCAGAGGAUGACGAGGAAGAGGAAGAGGAUGAGGGGACGGACAUGGAGAGUGAUCUAGAGGGGAAAAAAGAAGACGAUCUUCCUAAUGAAAUGGCAUGGGGCACCAAGAAGAAGAUGUUCUAUGACUCUGACUACAUCACCACCAAGGGGAAAAGACAAGACGAGUUGGAAGCUGAGGAACAAGAGGAAGAAGAAGAGGCUAAAAAUGUCCAAAACCGUUUAGCUGCGAAUCUGAGCGAGGAGGAUUAUGAUUUAAACUUUUUCCAGGAAUUUGCAGUGGAGGAGAAGGAUGAAAAGAAGACUGUGGAUAAAGAAGAGAGGAUUGUGAAAGACCUGAAGCAGAUGUCCCAGAAGGAAAAAAUGAAACUUUUAAAAAAGGAGUCACCAGAGCUGCUUGAACUUAUUCAGGACUUCAAAGCAAAGCUUAAAGAGCUGAAGGAUGAGCUGCAGCCCCUCGUACAGAUGGUCAAGGACGGAAAGAUCCCUCCAGGAAAGGGUGCUGACUACCUCAAGACAAAACAGCAACUGUAUCUCAAUUACUGCACAAACAUCAGUUUCUACUUGGUGCUGAAAGCAAAACGAAUCCCUGCUCACAACCAUCCAGUGAUUGAAAGACUGCUCACCUACAGAAAUCUCAUCAAUGAACUCAGUUCAGUAGAUGCUCGGCUUGCACCUCAGUUUCGCAAGCUGCUGUCUGGUGAGGAGACAAAUGGGACCACCAGCAGACCAGCAGAGGGCAAGAAGACCAGAGUCUCCAGUAAGAAGGAAAAGGCUUCUGGAGAAACUGCACCUGAGGUUGAGAAGGACUCCGACUCUGACCUGGACGAGGAAGCGGCUCUGCGUUUCUACAGAGACGUGGCGGAGCGGUCGAAAUUGAAGAGAAAGGGCAGUGAGCCAGAACCUGAAGAGUUGGAGGAGAAUGAAGAUGAGGUGGAGGUGGAGGAAGAUCCAGAUGCUAAGAGAGGAAUCACUUACCAGAUGGCCAAGAACAAGGGGCUCACACCAAAGAGGAAGAAGAUUGACCGUAAUCCCAGAGUCAAGCACAGAGAGAAGUUCAGACGGGCCAAAAUCCGCAGAAAGGGCCAGGUGCGUGAUGUUCGUCGGGAGGAGACCAGAUACAGUGGAGAGCGGUCUGGUAUUCGUGCUGGGGUUAAGAAGAGCACCAAACUUAAGUAACCAGGCAAGAAUCCAAAAUAUGCUGCCAAGUGGAUCCACUGGAUUGAUAAAUACCAAUGGGCUGUACUUUUAAAUGUUUGUUUCAGGUGUGUCACACCUACCAUCAUAGCAUGUCACUGAAUCAUCUGUAGUUGUCAUACAAAAGACAUCAAAAUGAGUUUCCACAUUGAGCAAUGUGAAUAAACAUUUAAUAAACUUUCAA